AAUUUACAAAUUUAGGAGGUUGGAACUUGAUAAUUUCCUUGUAUGAAAAUUUUCUACUUUUUUUCCUACUUUCUCAUAUCUCUGAAAUCUUAAUUUUGCCAGAGACGCAGGUUUCUAAAUCAUGAUUUGAAUACAUAAUAGUAGAAGGAAAAAUUGGGACAAAAAUCCAAAACCUGCAUGCAACAAAAGAAAACUAGACAACGUUAAGUGCAAAGUUCGCCUUCACUUUGCGACAAACUUUCAUAUUUUUUGUGCACUCGAGAAAUAAAAUGGGGGCAGAAAUUUGAUUUACUUAAUUUAUGUAACUAUGCAUGAUGAUAAUUUUACAAUCAACUUAUCGCUUCAAGAAAUAUGAUGAGAUAACGAUAAAGAAAUUACUUCACAGAAUGAUAUCAACUUCAAUUUCUACAAAAACUUGCAAUUAUGUAGCAAUUACGGUAAUAACUUAUUAGUAAUAAAUAAGUUAUUACUAAUAAGAUUAGUAAAUUUAAAAAAAUCGGUAUGAAAAAAUCAGAGAAUUUAGUGUAACACUAACGCAUCACAUACGAGUCGCAUGUGAUGCGACGCGCCCCAAUUAUUUAAACAGGUGAGCCGGGAUUGAAUUCGCAAGUUGAUUUUCAUUCCCAAUCAGCAAUUGUUAUUGAAAUUAUUAAAUUUAUGUAAUAUUACUGACUCUACAUAAUUAAUUCGCCUAUCUAAAAUCCCAACCUGGCCUUACAUAGGUCGGUUAUUAAUCUACUUGGCUUGCUCAGCGGGAGGUGUAUUCAAGGAAUAAGAAAAUAGAAAAACAAGAUUUGAAUAAUGCCGUACGUGGAUUCGCGCGAAGUUAUCACCUGUAUGAUUGCCUUUCCAUCUGAGGAUGAGUCCCUUAAUGGAUGGUCCCGAUGGUCUCACCUCAUUCUUGGUUUGGAAAAUGGGGACAUAAGCGACUACAUUCUGAUCCACGCUAAUUUUCACACCCUAAAUGGAAUCCUUCGAGACUGGGAGACUGGGGCCAUACUCUUGUUAAAAAAGCUCUCGAAGGGCAGGAUCCUUUCCUUCGGAUUGCGAAAAAGUGACGAUUGUCCACGUAUUAAGAUCUGGUCGCUGGAUACCCGACAAGUGGAAGUUAACUUCAAUUUGAUGAAUAUGAGUUUCUCCGUGCUAAAUUCUGUGACCGAACUUGAGGACAAUCUCAUCGCUAUUUGUUGUGUCUCUUCCGAGGCGUAUGACACCGUCCACAUCUUCGAUUCUGUAACUGGAAAUUGUGUCCAUUCCAAUAUUAUGUAUUUACAUCGCGCACAUGGCGUUCAUCUCGCAUCAGUGGCCAACAAUUUCCUCGCCAUACUUGGAAACUGUGAAUAUUUCUACACCUACAGCAUCAAUCGGCAAGAAGUGCGGGAAAUCUGCAAAGUUAAUCAUGACAGAUCCUACUCAACGGCGACACUACCAACUGGCGAAAUUGUGGUGGGAGGGCAUUUCUUAAAGAUUUACACUGUAUCAUCCGAGGGUGAAUUGACCCUUAAGAAACACCUUGAUCAUGGAAAUGUUAUCGACGUAAUCAUUCCAAUUCAUGGAUAUCGUGUUCUCACCGUGGACCGUGGAGCUGAGAGUCGAGGCAUUAUUCGAAUCUGGGACUUGAGCAAGGAAGAAGAUAACUGUAUGGAGCAGGCUUAUCAGGACACUGUUGCCAGCAUAAUUCAGGCUAGUGAAGAUGAAGCGAUUUGUGCCGCCUUGCCAUCCAGUAACCUGAUUUUGUUUGGGUAUAAGAACGCCGUUUAUGAUUGUCGCAUGGAAAUUAAGAAGAAAGACCAAGUCGCCGAGAUUCGGAAAUAUGCCAGACUUUUGUACCAAGCUUACGAGCAGAAGGAAGGGAUUGGUUUGCUUGUGGAGGAAAUUCUUCUGGAUAUUAUUGCAAGGGCGGGCUCAAUGGAAGGAUUUGGAUUUAAGGAGGCGAGAAAAGUUGGAGCCCUUUAUUUUUGUCGACCGUAAAAGGAGGACGCGGGACAUGUAAAGUUUCAUAUUCUGAUAUUCGAGUCUGAAUAUUUAAUUGGUUAUUUUAUAAUUUUAUUAAUUUCUGUCCAGUUGGUUAUGAUGUGGAAAUAAUGUUUU